AUGUCUUCCAACAUUUCUUCAAGUUCAACAAAUCGCCAGCGGGUCCGGCAACUGCUUCCCACCGUCUAUCUUGGCCGCUACGAGACGGGUCCAAGGAACAGCCUGACUGAUGUCGCCGGCGUACUGGUCUCAACACAGUCCAUCCAUGAGUCCCCAAGGUAUCCAGACGCGCCCGCGGGGUCGAUCAACACCGGUGUUACUACGAUACUCCCUCGCAAAGACUGGUUCAACAAAGGCUGCUUUGCUGGUAUUUUUCGCUUCAACGGAUCAGGAGGGAUGACCGGUUCGCAUUGGAUCGAAGAAUCGGGACUCUUGCACUCACCCAUUGUCAUUACCGGAAGCUUCGGGGUUGGCAAUGCGUAUAACGGCAUCUACGAGCACGGCAUUAGGGAGCAUAGCGACAAAGUCGGUAAGGUCGGCUGGUUUCUGCUACCGGUGGUUGCAGAAACGUUCGAUGGCUUCCUGCAUGAUGUGUCCAAGUUCGCGGUCACAUCUCAACACGUUGUCAGCGGCAUUGACAAUGCAAGUAGCGAGCCUGUACAGGAAGGCAAUAGUGGCGGAGGCACAGGUAUGAUUUGCCAUUGGUUCAAAGGUGGAACAGGAUCGAGCAGUCGUUUGGUGCCAGCAGAUCAAGGCAAGACAUACACUAUUGGCGCUCUGGUUCAAGCGAACUACGGUCAGAUGCGAGACUUGAAGAUCGCUGGCGCACCGAUCGGUCGUUUGAUCUAUGAAGAGCAACAGCGCCUCGCUGAGAAGAACCCAACUGAUCCAAAGCUGAUUGCACAAGCAUCCAUGCUCUUCAGGAUCAAGGAAGAGAAGGACAAGCAAGAUGGCAGCAUCAUCAUAAUCCUUGCGACAGAUGCGCCACUCCACCCGACACAGCUCCGUCGUCUUGCGAAACGUGCAACCGUCGGUCUGUCCCGCGUGGGAGGCUGGGCUUCCAAUUCAUCUGGCGACAUCUUCCUGGCUUUCUCGACAGCAAACCAAAUAACAGUCCAAGAGCACACGGCGACGACACAGAACGUUGAUCCAUGGAGGCCAAAAGCACGCAGCGUCGACGUGAUAGAUGAUCAAACGAUCAACGCAUUGUUCGAAGCAAGUGCAGAUGCUGUCGAAGAAGCGAUCUUGAACGCCGUGUUCAUGGCCGAGAGUAUGGAGGGUAAUGGAAAUAGGAUCGAUGCGCUGGAGCUAGAGAAGGUGAAAGAGUUGAUGGGGAAGUACCUUUGA